AUGACGCACCGCAACGGGGUUGAGGCAGUUCUCACCAAGCUCAGGCCAUUGACAAACCAGCUGAGCCCGAACGAUCUCAUUACCCGGGACCAUGACGACUAUUCCCGCCAUACCGCAACAUUUUCUGCCAACGCCAACUGCCAACCUGCUGUUGUACUUAUCCCUAGCUGCGCUGACUCCCUCGCCGAAAUGAUGCGUUUCCUUUACAAGUCAGACUUGGACUUUCACAUCCGCGGCCGGGGAUUCAAGUCUCCUUCAGCCCGAGAUGUCAUAGUCAGCCUCCUGGGCUUUACUGACUUUGACUAUGACGCCGAGAAGAAGCUCGCAACAGUCGGCGUGGGGAUGACGUGGGCUGAGGCCGCGGAGCGAAUGAAAGAGCUUGAUCCUGAAUACAGCUUGACCUAUGCCAGGACUCCCAGUGUUGGGGUUGGUGGAUCUAUUCUUCACGGCGGAUUUUCCUGGAUGAGCAGCGAAUUCGGCAUGAUAUCUGAUCCUAUCAAUUUCAUCGAUGCGGAAGUCGUAAAGUACGAUGGUUCCAUCGUCAUGGCUUCGACUGAGCCAGAGCUUAUGUGGGCCCUCCGAGGGAGUGGAGGUGGUUUUGGCAUCAUGACAAAGGUUGUGCUACGAGCCCAUCAGUAUCCAACGAGAAUCUGGUCGGGCAUGAUCUUGAUUCCAAAAGAUCACUUACAGGCGCUUGCAAGUAAAAUCCAUGACUUCAUAUCAAAGCCGCAGCAUCCCAAGUUGAACUUUUUGACCUUUGUCGUACAGCAGCACUUGCUCCCUGCGGUAUUGGAGACGGGCCAGUUGAGUACUUUCACUGGAGAUGUCAUUGUUCUCCAAGUUUAUGAUGCUUGCGGAGAGAACCACGGCCGUGAAGCAUUUCGUUGGGCACUGGAGAUGCCAGGGGCCAUCGACAAGACCAGGGUAGGCGACAUUAAAUCAGUCCUCGAUAUGCAGAUGAACAUCAGCGGUAUGAACAGAUCCAUGGCCGAAUUGCACGUCUUGGCAAUGGGCCUUGCGGACGCGAAUGAGGAUACAGUCCUCCGAGCUCUCACAUGGCCUGACAAGAUUGCCGCCAUCGACAAAGACAUUCACAACUUGACCAUGAUCGUUCCAGAAUUCUUUGUCUUCAGUCCGCCGGUUGGAGGCGUCGCCGAGGUUGCAUGGCCUCGGCCCACGAACCUCAGGCAUUAUAUAUUGGCAGCAGUUGGCAGCCCAUCAGACGGCACGGUGCUACAGAACGAAAUGUCGCGUCAACUUAUUCAGCAUGCCCCGGAAGACAUCGUUGGAUCACAGGAAUACAACGUCCUCCCUACGAGCUCAGAUGAAUUGGUGGAUACUAAACUGGCCUAUGGGUCACACUGGGAUAGACUGAUUGAGCUGCGUCGAAAGUAUGACCCGGAGGUGAGAUUCAAGACACUUAUUAAUCCUUAA